UGGCUUGAACCCGCAGUACGUUUAUAUUCUUUCGGCCAUGUCCACGCAAUUUUCUCCUUCAUUUCUCUGCCUGUACCCGCCGUUUUUAGAUUUUAAUUUUUUGCCAACAAAAAAACCUAUUUUUUCCGAAACCAUGAUGGAAACUUCAUCAGGAAUGCCCCGUGUGAAUGGAGCUAUGUUGCCUGAUUACCAAGGACAAAAUGUCACUUUGUUGGGAUCUGCUCAUGAUACAACGAUGGGAUGUCUUUCAAACUGAAGUCAUGUGACGGACAAGAAGUUAUCGUAAAGCUUCAAGAGCCUCUACAAGAUUACAUGCAGGGCAUUGUUGAGGUGCAUGGCCGUGUUGAGGGAAAUGCUAUAUUAGCAUCAAAUUAUAUCAGCUUUGAUUCAGACCAGACAAAUGGUUUUGAUAUGACACAGUACAACAAAGCGAUCGAAUUAGCACAAAGAUUUCCUGCCUGUUAUAAAAUGGUGUAGCAUUGGUUAAAAAGAAUAUGGACAUCUGUUACAUAAUUUGGUGUGACUGUGGAUGAAAGUUUCAAAUGGAGUACAUGUACUAGUUUUCCCUGAAAUAUCGGGUUACAAUUAACGAGUUGUCCAAUUUAUAGAUCUGUUGAGUGUUGUAUAGUGUCUUCAAUUCCUGGAUUCAAUUCAAUUCAACUCUCAGCUCCUCAAUAUUUCAUACCCAUUUCUUGUGAAAUUGAAUAGUAAACUUGUAUCAGUAGGUGCUGAUGUGUGUAUUGUACAUUUUUGUAAAAUAA